UAGCUCAUGAAUAUUAAACAGCGGCUCUCUCUCCACCCCCUUCCGGCCCCGGUGAAAGGCCGUGGUGAUGGCUGCCGCCGUUAUUGCUUGGCGCUCCUGGCCGACGCCGCUGCUGCUGCUACAGCCGCCGCCGCCGCUGCUGCUGCUGAGGCGACGGCUGCAGGGAGAACGACGCCUACCCAGGCGCCUCCACCAUGCGGCACUCUACAUCGCCACGGACGCCAGGAGAUGGAGAUUCUCUCCAAUGACAGAAACCCCGCAGCAGAGGAGGCUACUACUGGCCGUGGCUCCUCUCUGUGCCUCUCCGGCACGUUUCUGCUGGCACGGAAACGCCGGGGGCGGCCUGCACACCAAACCCAAGGAGAUGAAGGAAGUGAACACGAUGAAGAUCACGUCGGCCAUCUUGAGUCACGUGUGGCCCAAGGAUAGGCCUGACUUGAAGGCCCGGGUCGUGCUUUCAAUGGGACUCCUGGCUACAGCAAAGCUGUUGAGUGUACAGGUUCCAUUCCUCUUCAAGUCGGCUGUAGACACUCUCUCUGGACCAGUGAUGGCGGAUAACGUCGCUACAAUGGCAACAGCCCUGCUGAUCGGAUACGGCGCCGCCCGUGUCGGCUCGGCCCUCUUCGCUGAGCUGCGCUCCGUCGCCUUCUCGGCCGUGGCCCAGCGGUCUGUGCGCUCGCUCGCCGUUGCCGUCUUCCAGCGCCUCCACUCGCUGGGGGCGGAGUUCCACGCGGAGCGCCACACGGGGGCGCUGGUGAGGGCGCUCGACCGGGGCACUCGUGCCCUGGCCUUCCUGCUCAGCGCGGUCGUCUUCAACCUCGGGCCCACGGCGCUCGAGAUGGCCCUGGUCAGCGGGAUUCUGUACUACAAGUGCGGCCUGGAGUUCUCUCUCGUUGCCAUGGGAACGCUGGCAGCCUACACGGCGUUCACGGUGGGAGUGACUCAGUGGAGGACGCGUUUCCGAGUGGAGAUGAACAAAGCUGACAACGAAGCUGGAAAACGAGCGGUGGACUCCCUCCUCAACUACGAGACAGUGAAGUACUUUAACAACGAGCGCUAUGAGUCUGAGCGCUAUGAUGCCGUGUUGGGGCGCUAUGAGACAGCGUCACUACACACCACCACCUCCCUCGCCGCGCUCAACUUUGGACAGGCGGCCAUCUUCAGCGUAGGCCUCACCGCCAUCAUGGGGCUAGCCAGCAACGGCAUCAUCGCUGGCUCUCUCACGGUAGGAGACCUGGUGAUGGUUAAUGGCCUCCUCUUCCAGCUCUCCCUGCCUCUCAAUUUCCUGGGCACGGUGUAUCGGGAGACCCGCCAGUCACUCAUUGACAUGGACGCCCUCUUCUCUCUCCUCAGCUUGGAGAGCAAAAUCACGGUGGGACGCCCCAGGCUGCCCCGGCUGCUGUUGACCCCCCAGACGGCCAUCACCUUCCGCGACGUCCACUUCUCCUACGGGAAGGUGCCCGGCCACGAGGUGCUGCGAGGAGUUUCCUUCCAUCCACCCGGGACAAAGGUGGCCCUGGUGGGGGGCAGUGGAUCUGGCAAGAGCACAGUGGUGCGUCUCCUGUGCCGCUUCUACGAGCCUCAGAGCGGAAGCAUCCUGGUUGGGGGUCAGGAGACUCGCGACGUGACCCUGCUCAGCCUGCGGGACGCCCUGGGGGUCGUGCCUCAG